UGAAGUUGACAUGAUAUACAAUACUGCUUGUGGUACUUCUGUAAAGAAAGAUAGAUACUUAUUGAGAUUCACGUGGUCGAGAAAUUCAAUAUAAAUUAAACCCAAUGAUCUCUCCUUAGCUUCAGCUGCUAACAUCAAUAAAGACGAGCAAUCGUCAUGGCUGAGGACGGGAGCAAAACCGAAGAGGAGAGGGUGGAUGAGAAGAAGUAUUUUCAGAAAGUACUGGAUGAUAUCGUGAGCUUAAACUCUCUGUUCACAGUGGCAGUGUUUGUAGGGCUGUCCUUAGCAACUCCAGGCCAAAUCCAGAGCCUCGAGGAUCGCUCGGAGUGCCACUCGGACACUAGGCUGCGCAAGAGGCUUGUCUCCUUCGAGAUUGCAUCCUUCAGCUGCUUCGUGUUCUCAGGUUUUAUGGCCAAGACAGUGAAGAUCUUCCUCUACAUCUACCAGAAGCAGGACCUGAAAAAUCCUCAUCGACAGAAGAUCAGCCUCAUAGCUUUCUACCUGUCGAUAUAUGGGACAAUGUGCGGGUGCCUGUUCUUGCUACUAGCGAUGGUUGAUGUGGUCCAGAUCAAGCUGGGGAGACUAUCAUGCGGGAGCAAGUAUUCGUUAAACACGGUUCUCAUCCUAGUUGGAGCAAUUGCACCAGCUCUGUUGGUGUAUUUCACGUCCGUGUCAUAUGGUCUUGUUUUCACCACGAAGAAAGUGAUGGCAGAUAGUCAGAAGUGAAGGAGAAAGAGAUGGAGUCUGUUGGUGCUGCUGUACGGUCCAGGUACGGUUGUGCGGUUGGAAAUAUUGGUAGAGAUAAAAAGACUUUUGAGUAUGUGAAACAUAUAUAUAUAUAUAUAUAUAUAUAUAUAUAUAUAUAGAAAUCUAGGGAGCUUGAUGCUUGGCAAAGAAGAGAACCCGAACAAGGAAGGUUGUCUAUGUCAUGAUGCUUGCCACAGAAGGGUUCUCUUUUAUAAUGCCUGCUAGUCCUUUGUAGUUUAUAGUUUGUGGUAAUGGACUAUGGUAUUGUAUGGUCAGCGAAAGGAAAUUCAUGUCGGGAUCCUGCAUGCAAUCAUCAAUAAACUAAUACCUUGUAUUUCCCCA